ACGCACCCUAAAAUUUCGGCUAAUAAAAUUGGAAUGUCUGUACGGCAGCUAAAAAACAAAAAAACGAACAUGUCUAUGAAAUCGACAUUAAAUAACGAAUUCAUCAUUGAGGACAUAUCAAAUGGUCUUGAACCAUCCCCCGUUAGCUUGGUAUAUAAUGAUGAUAAAGAACUUGAAGAAUUACAUGUACAUCAAAAGUACGUUGUACGUUGCGUAAUACCUUCACUUGGAAACGAAAUUGUGACAAGUGAAGAGUUAUCGUCAUAUUAUGAUGGUUGUGAUUGUGCAGAUAAUUGUAUAUUGGAAGAUUGUGGAUGUAAAUCAACUCAUGGAUACUUUUAUACAUCACAACAUUCAAAUCAACGAGGUCUCAACUUAAAUUCCCCCGUACCCACAUCGAUCUUCGAAUGUAAUUCAUCAUGUACAUGCACUCCAAAGGUAUGUCCAAAUCGUAUAGUUCAACAUGGAAUCAAUAUUCCAUUGCAGGUUUUCAAAACUAGGGAUGGACGUGGUUGGGGAUUACGUACAUUACAAAAGAUAUAUAAAGGGAUGUUUGUUUGUGAGUAUGCGGGUGAAAUAAUUAAGACCGAAGAGGCUAAACGAAGGUGGGAAGAAAUGAAGAAUAAUACGAUGGCUCGAAAUUACGUGUUGUGCUUGAAAGAACAUGUACAGGAUCGCAUUCUUCGAACGAACAUCGAUCCAAUUCAUAUUGGAAAUGCUGGAAGAUACAUCAAUCAUUCGUGUGCACCAAACCUUCAGAUUUAUUUGGUUCGUAUCAACUCUUUAAUUCCUGUUGCAGCAUUUUUUGCAGUAAGGGAUAUCGAAAUAGGAGAAGAGUUGACAUUUGAUUAUUCUGGAGCCGAUGGUCACAACGGACAGUUGGAAAGCGGGGCGAUGAUAGAUGGUAUUGAGGGUGAAAAGGGAAUGAAAAAAUGUUUAUGUGGAA